UCAUCUUUUCUCAUAAUAGGCCAAAAAAACUCACAUGUCUCCUCCUGUAUGAUCCAAACUAGAAGUGCAGAGCCUCGUCAAGCUCUCAGACACUUAUCUCAUGCACAACUUCAUCAUGGAGCUCAAGCUUCUCAUCUUCCUCACACUCUUCUCUGCGUUCCUCUUUACAAAUUCUCUCUCUCUGAAAACUACUCCAAAAUCAGCAAAGCUCAGGACUAACAUCACUAUCAUCGGCUCUGUCUUCUGUGAUGCCUGCUCUGAGAACACCUUCUCCAAGCAUAGCUACUUCUUGCAAGUAGGUGUUCAAGUGCUCGUCCAAUGCAAGUUUGCAGUAAACUCCAAAUCGACCGAUGAGAUAUCAGUCACUGCAGAGAGAACAACUGAUAGUUUUGGUGUUUACAAGCUUGACAUUCCACCAGUAGAAGGAUUUCAGUGCAAACGGGGGCUUGAGAUCAAAUCGUUCUGCCGAGCUAGUUUGAUUCAGAGCUCAUCUUCCUCAUGUAGCAUACCAGGAACACAGAGCUCCACAGCUCAUGUGGCAAUGAAAUCCAAAGCAAGAGAUAUUUGCAUUCUUAAUCUCAACACACUUAACUUCCACCCUGCAAAGAGGGACAAUACUCUUUGUGGUGCUGAGAAGGGAAGAACGCCAGCAAACUUGGGGAGUUCCCUUUGUUUCUGGCCAUUCUUUACACCAUUUGGGCUUCCAUGGCCGAAUCUUACUUGGCCUGACCCAGCAUCUUUACCUUUCACCAUCCCUUCUUGGAUUCUUCCAUUGUUAAAGCCGCCAUAUCUUCCAUUUCCGUUCUCUUUUUCACCAACUUCACCAUCUGCACCAUGAUUUAAACUUUUCAACCUGAGUUCUUAUCCUUCCUUUCUUAUGCUGGGUUGAAUAUCUUUUCCUCCUCCCUAUCCUAACUGUAAGAUUUUUUUUUCUUGUGAUUUCAGUUGUGUUUUGUUAUUGUGCUUGUUUGGACAAUGUUGCUCUUUGUUAUAAAUGAUAUUUGCUACGUUGUUUGUAUUAAUGGAAAAUUGUUUGUUUCGGAAUGCUGCAGUGUCAUGGA